AUGGGCGACUCUGCAGGUCCAGUGUCCAAGCUCCCGCAGCUCCACCAGUUCUACACCGGCCACAAUGACGAAGGCAAGGCCAUCGUCGCUGAGCACCAGGACUUCAAGUGGACACCGUACGCAGACGGUGACAUGGGCUUUAGCGUAGUGUAUACCACGGCUCAGUCACCACCGGAUUUGAACGGCGACAAGGACAUUGCGCAGCACAAGCAGACGAUGGCCGGUCAACUAGGGCUCGUGAACCCAAAUGGCUCCGUUCUGCGUUGUGUGGACUUCGCGCCUGGGUUCGCUUGCGAUAUGCAUCGAACCCAAAGCUUGGAUUUUGGGAUCGUCUUGGAAGGCAGUAUUGAGAUGGUGCUAGACUCUGGUGAGCGACAUAUGAUGAAGAGAGGUGAUGUGGCUGUGCAAAGAGCUACGCAGCAUCAGUGGAUCAACACUUCUAAGACGGAAUGGGCGAGAAUGAUGUUUGUUUUGCAGGAUAUCAAGCCCCUGUAUGUCAGUGGAAAGGAGAUGGGUGAAGAUCUAGGGGAGAAGCCUAUGGUGCUUCCAACGCAGCGAUAA